AUGAAUACAAUGAAAACAAACAAGACACAAGUGACUGAGUUUAUUCUCACAGGACUUACAGAUAUUACUGAGCUCCAUGUCCCCCUAUUCCUACUCUUCUUGAUUAUCUACCUCAUCACUAUGAUUGGUAACAUGGGACUGAUUUUCCUCAUCUGGAAUAACUCCCAUCUUCACACCCCCAUGUAUUUAUUCCUUGGAAGUUUAGCUUUUGCGGAUGCUUGUACCUCAUCUUCUGUGACCCCAAGGAUGCUUGUCAACAUGCUGGACAAGAGUCAAAUGAUCUCCCUCUCUGAGUGCAUGGCCCAAUAUUACUUUUUUGGCUCUAGUGCCACCACAGAGUGUUUCCUUUUAGUAGUGAUGGCAUAUGACCGCUAUGCAGCCAUAUGCAGCCCUUUGCUUUAUCCAGUGAUGAUGUCCAACAGAGUCUGUAUUUGGUUGAUAAGUGUGUCAUAUGUAAUUGGUUUUCUGCACCCUGUUAUUCAUGUAGGAUUGUUAUUUAGGUUAACCUUCUGCAGGUCCAAUAUAAUACAUCACUUCUACUGUGAAAUCUUGCCACUAUUUACAAUUUCUUGCACAGACCCAUCUAUUAAUGCAUUUGUGGUUUUCAUUUUUGCGGCUUCUAUACAAGCUUUUACUUUUAUGGCCAUAUUAAUCUCCUAUACCAGGGUUCUUUUUGCCAUUCUGAAAAAGAAGACUGAAAAGGGCAGGAGCAAAGCUUUCUCCACAUGUAGUGCUCAUUUGCUUUCUGUUUUCUUGUUCUAUGGAACUCUCUUUUUAAUGUAUGUACUUCCUGGGUCUGGUCCAGAGCAGUAUCAGGAUAAAAUGUACUCACUGUUCUAUACCAUCAUUAUUCCCAUGCUAAACCCCUUUAUUUACAGCCUAAGAAAUAGGGAAGUUUUAGGGGCUUUGAAAAAGACAAUAAAA